AUGCAAAUCAGCCUCAGCGACAUGAAGCCUUUGGCACGAUCGCUAACAGGCUUCAACGGAUCAUCUGAGAUGGUGCUCGGAACGAUCCUCUUGCGCGUGCACGCCCAGGGUGUCACAAAAACCAUCAAAUUCUCUGUCGUCGACGUUCGAACACCAUAUAACGCUAUUCUGGGUACUCCGUGGAUCCACGCGAUGAAAGCAAUUCCGUCGACCUAUCAUCAGUGUGCUAAGCUCCUUGGCAAUGACGGUCGAGUCAUUACCCUUCGUGGAGACCAAGCUGCGGCCGGUGACCUUCUAAUCGCCGAGGAAGAGAUUUUUGAAAUUAUUAUCGACGAGCACGAUCCAUCCAAGACAGUUAGAGUCGGUACCUACUUGUCAGACGAGACCAAAGAUCAGAUCAUCGCAUUUAUGAAGGAGAACAUCUCUACAUUCGCAUGGUCGACCAACGACAUGAAAGGAAUCGACCCCAACAUCACGACUCAUGAACUCAAUGUUGACCCAACCUUCAAACCGGUAAGGCAAAAGAGGCGCAAGCUUGGUCCCAAAUGA